CCACCACGGGAGGUGGAUGGGCUCGGAAACGAGGGGUCCAGCCCAGUGCGCCUGCCGUGAGCGCAUCGCCGAGGGAGCAUAUUUUCUCUUCUCCCUCCCAAAUGCCGCAGGUGAGACUCCGAAUGGAAGGCAGCCCGCCCAUGUUUCAAAAAUUAUGGAGUUGCAUGGCCUCCUUUUCCGUCAGCAAAUACCAGUUGCUUUGCCCAAAAUCAGCCCGGGCGAGCUGGGGCAGGCUGGGAGUGCGGGAGCUGCCUCGGGAGGUCGGUAGCCUCGGGCAGGCUGCGGGCCAUGGUUGCUCCUAUCACGGAGCAUCUCCGGCAGAUUUGGGCGACAACCACGAGCAGCAGCUGGGUAGCCGCACCACACACCAUGCAUCCAGAUACCCAUCCUUCUUUGCACAGCAUGCCAGCAACCGCUGGUGUCUGUCGCCCAAGGUUCCACGGAUCAUGAGAUCCAGAUCCGACGUCAACGAGUAGGGGCUGGGAACUCUAGAAGAGUAGCGGGCAACAAUAAGAAGCAAAGUAAUCGAGCAAGGUAGGGGGGAAACGGUCUGUCUCGUGUCUGCCCGCCUGCACAUCACCACUAGUGUCGCCAUCGAUCGGGGGGGUUUGUUGGAGGGGUCGACACUCACUCCCUCGCGAUUGUUGCUUUUGCUAGGCCCGACAAUGGCCGCCGCAAAUAUCUUUUUCUUCUCUCGGAUUUCUUUUCCCUUCUCUUCUCCCGUUCUUCCCAUCUCCUAUUCGACACGGUUGGCAUUGCAGCUGCAGCGUUGUGUUGUUGCUCAAUAUUCCGUCUAGUUGCCCCUCCAUCCCCCCCUCCUUUCCUGUUCGCUGUCGCUGCGCAAUAUCAAAAAUUUUCUCUGCUGCGUCUCGUGAGCACCAAUGACAGGCCUGUCGUGGCUGUCAGGUUCUUCGUUUUUCCACCCUCGGGCCAGACCCAGCCCAAGGUGCAGCUGCAGUGCCGACUCGAACCGCGUCGACCCUUGGCCCAAGGACCCAGGCCGUGCGGGUGGGGCGUGGCCGUGGGCGGGUCUGGGGACUCCACCACAUGUACAAAGCAACAGCAGGGCCUGCUUCCAACUCUUGGUCGGAGCCAAUGCACGCCACGGCGGCCUGCGUCCUGCCUGAGGCGGCCUGAG